AUGGCGUGUAAUUGUCGGAACAGUGAACUUCGGAGAUCCACCGGAGGGGCGAGGCCACAGCUCAACCGCGAGCACCUGAGCAUCCUGCACCGCCUGCGACGGCCGUCAGGGGGCGCGAUGCCGCCUCACAGAACCUCAAGAGGCGCCCGGGUUCCGGCACAGAAGCCCGGCGGCUCCAGGGGGCGGAGCCGAGCCGCCUCCUCAGGACCUACGCAGGAGGCGCCGUCAUCCCUACAGGGACACCUGAGAGGACCCAGCCUCCUCCUCCUCAGGACCCACUCGGGAGACGCCGCUGGCUCUAUAGGAACACCUGGGGACCGUGGCCAGGGACGACCCAGCCUCCUUCUCCUCAGCUCCUCAGGAACGACUGGGGAAGCUGUGGCUUCAUGGUCCCCGAGGCUGCCCGAGGAAAGAAAUGAUUCAACAGGAGGAGAUAAGGAAGCUCGAGGAAGAGAAAAACAACUGGAAGGAGAAAUCAUAGAUUUUUAUAAAACGAAAGCUGCCUCUGAAGCACUGCAGACUCAGCUGAGCACUGAUACAAAGAAAGACAAACAUCGACUUUUUACCUUAAUCCUUGCUGCAGUAUUUCCAAGUAACAGAGGAGAUAGAUUUACCCUUUCUAAACUAUUAGCUGUAAUUUUAAGCAUUGGAGGUGUUGUACUGGUAAACCUGUCAGGGUCUGAAAAAUCUGCUGGAAGAGGUACAAUAGGUUCCAUUUGGUCUCUUGCUGGAGCCAUGCUCUAUGCUGUCUAUAUUGUUAUGAUUAAGAGAAAAGUAGAUAGAGAAGACAAGUUGGAUAUUCCAAUGUUCUUUGGUUUUGUAGGUUUGUUUAAUCUGCUGCUCUUAUGGUCAGGUUUCUUUUUACUUCAUUAUACUGGAUUUGAGGACUUCGAGUUUCCCAAUAAAGUAGUAUUAAUGUGCAUUAUCAUUAAUGGCCUUAUUGGAACAGUACUCUCAGAGUUCCUGUGGUUGUGGGGCUGCUUUCUUACCUCAUCAUUGAUAGGCACACUUGCACUAAGCCUUACAAUACCUCUGUCCAUAAUAGCUGACAUGUGUGUGCAAAAGGUGCAGUUUUCUUGGUUAUUUUUUGCAGGAGCUAUCCCUGUAUUUUUUUCAUUUUUUAUUGUAACUCUCCUAUGCCAUUAUAAUAAUUGGGAUCCUGUGAUGGUGGGAAUCAGAAGAAUAUUUGCUUUUAUAUGCAGAAAACAUCGAAUCCAGAGAGUUCCAGAAGACAGCGAACAGUGUGAGAGUCUCAUCUCUAGUCACAGUGUUUCUCAGGAGGAUGGAGCUAGUUAGCUGUUUGUUGUCUGUAGCCCAGCUUGAUAAUGGAACUAUACAGCGAAGAGACAAUCUCUGGCAAGUUUUUGUAGAAAAAAAUGUUUCAGUGCCUAGUCUGAAAAAUAACAGUUUCAGUUCUUUGAAACUCUAAAAUAUAUUUUUCUCAUACCGGUUUUCUUCAUUUUCAUAAUGAAGCACUUUGCUAUGUAGCUGUGUACAUAUCACUACAGUUAUAGGAAGUUUCAGUCUACAGUCCAUCCAAAGGACCAACCUGCCUUACACAUCUCAAGGAAUUCAGCUGUUGAAAUCAUUUGAAUAAUCAAGGAAUAAAUCCUAAUGUUCUGGGACUUUAUUUUCACAUGUUAAAUGCUGGAAUAUGUUAUGAAAAUGUUUUCAAGAAAUCACUUAAGUGUUCAUAGACCAGUAUUUCUGACAGGUAAAAUGCUAAAAUAAGCUACCUGUAAUAAGUGUGGAUUAUAUUUUUGGGUUUUGUAGAAUAUUGCAAAUUAACUACGCAAAAAAUGUUUAAUUUAUGCAACAAGCAUGUUUGUGCAAAUUUCAUGGGACUUUAAAAAGAAUAAGUAUUUGAGAAAAUAUCUGGUUCACUUACACUACAUUUACUGUAUUAUUCUUUUAUAGCAUUAGGUGCCUUGUAUUUUAAAUCUGUGACAAACCGUGGCAAAUUUUUAAAGGGGAAGUAUUAUUAUAAAAUGAAGAAAUAUGUAUUUCUAAAGGCUAUAUUGCUGUAAACUUAAUUGAUAAAGCUCUGUUUAAUUUAGAGUUUUGAAGAAAUAGUCUCCCUUCAAUUAAGAAAUUUUCAUAAUGGAAUGAUUUAAAUUGAAGUGACAAAGAGUAUUAUUAAAAUACAAUGUUUAUACGUGUAUUUGUGUAUUGUAGAUGUAUCAAGUGAUUUCUAAUUUUUUUCACAUAUGAAUGUGCCAGAUUACUCUAGAACUAGAUGUCUCUUCUUUAAAUAAUUUUAGUUUUCCUGAAUAAAUUUGUAAUGGUUAAAGUACCAAGUAAGUAACGCGAGAAGGGAUUCUGUUUUUAAAAUCACAUCAGAACUUUUCCUCUACUAAGAUUAUAAAUUAAAUGUAAAAUACUCCUAAUUGCAAUUCUUAAACUUAGGCCUUACAUGUACUUAUUAUGCAACUGCUCCUGGACUCUAUUCACCAUAGAUAUCAGUAAAUGUAUGUCCCAGGAUUCACAGGCUUUUGAUUAAUCAAUAUUCUUUUCAAGUUUUCUGUGUGAAGAGUUUAGUUCUCUUCAAAAUUUCUUAACUAAUCUGAUUUUUAAGAAUUCUCUUUGCAGUGUUUAGCUUCCUAUUCACAUUCUUAAAAUUGCUUUGGUGUUACCAUGAGUCUAAAAUGAAGUUUAGCCUUCCUUUUGUUUCAUUCUGAGAACUUCUAUAUUAUAUUACCUUUAAAAAUUGUUUAUGAUAUUAAAUUUAAAAUACAA